ACAAUAUAAUGGUCAUCAUAACUAUACACUAUAGUAAAACGAACCUAAUGAGGUCGUUUUUGAAAAAAUAAGUUUUCGUCGCUUGAGAUUACAUAAUCUUGUCGCAGCGCUUGCUUAAUAAAUACUAAAUUGGCUGUUCAACAUGUCACCUUAUUGUGAGAUUGAUUUAUACUCUUUCAAGAACAUCUGUUUCAAAUAAUGUAAAAGCAUUUGUCUAGUAAGGUUUUGACGAGUAUUGUUCGUUUAUAUUAUGUGACGAUCUUACGGGUAACGCAUUAGGUCGAGUAUCUGAUAAACAGUAUCUGCAGUCAACUUUAAACUCACACGCACUUUGGUCAAUGUACUCGUAUUUAUUAUUUUGUUAAUAUUUUUUUAAUAUUAUGUUUAGUCGUUUAUCAUUUUAAAAAUGCAUAAUUUCAACUCAAUCCAGCUAAUAUUGAGACAUAAUGUGUAUCGUGGUAAACCUGUCAAUCAAACUCCGUUAUUAAUUAAAAUUGUAAACAAUUUUGUUAGCCUUUAUAGUUUGUUAGGAAUUACAAAAAUAUUACUUUUAAUAUGACUUUUAUUCAAACAGAAUUUUAAUACGACCAAUGUGCAAAAACACAAGCUGGAUGCUGAAUUUUGGUUUAUCAUACUUAUCCAGCAAGUCUGUUAAUUUCAUUUGUUAAUUGUAAUAACAUAUUAUAAAUUGGCACUGUUGUAUUUUAACCAGAUUUUUUGUUACCAUCAUACCUCAAUAUAUGGUACAUGCAUUUUCAUAUGACCAGUCGUGGUGCACUUCGGCUCGGCGCGGAAAAUCGGUUUGACGAUGGAAUAAUAUAAUUUAUUCACGUUGCGCGACAUCGCGUCGCCGCUCCCACUCCGCGACCGCAAAACGAGUCUUGUCAUCCGCUCGGCCCGCGCGUCAUUUUCCGCACGGCCAGGUCGCCAUAAGAGUUUGAGGAGUGUUUCGCUGCAGUUACGCGUACGUCAUUAAUAAUAUUGUACACCGUCCGUUCUCGUUCGGCCGUACUCCGCAAAAAUAUACGCGAAAGCGGAAAUCGGGCGGAACUCUUUCGUUUCGACGUUUGCAGCUGAUAUUAUUAAUAGGCACCGUGACCUCUAACCCGACAUCACGUCCAAGGGCCCGACCAAUAGUGUCAUCAUAAUAUUAUAUUUUUAUAUUCAAAUCUGUUUCACUGCGCGCGUGCAAUCCGUCUGGUCAGUGAAGUGUAUCGACGACGCGCGACGGUGCGCGAUUGCAGUUUUUACCACCCACCGACUACAUAAUAAUAUACAUUUGGUCACACCACGUCAUUAAAAUACGUGGCGGUCGAAUAGCGACGACCUGCAGCAGACACUGACGCACUGCAAACAUACAAUUAUAUCCGAUAACGUUCCGACAUGGGCAUCGCGACAUCGGCAGCCGUUCGAUCGGGGCGCCGCCGUUGACCCGUUUCCCCGUGUCACGUCCGGCCACGCGACCACGCCGGAAGUACGAGUCGAUUUAUCAUACAUAAUAAUAUCAAAUAGACCAAUGCCGCGGGUGGUCAGCGACUCCUUCUUUGGUCCGCUGCUCGGCACGUCACCGCCGUCCACCGUUGGCCAUAUGUGGAGACCGGCGGCCGUGCAGUGCUAUUGGGUCGCCGCGAUCUUCGCGGUCGCAGUGGCCGGGGUUCCGGCCAUCAACCGACACCCGGUGACGGUGGUCGUGUCGUUCGACGGCUUCCGGCCCGAUUACAUCCGGCCCGACACGACGCCGACAAUGGCCCGAUUCCGGGACGCUUCCGCCGCGCCGCCGUACAUGCGCAGUGCGUUCCCAACGAAGACGUUCGUCAACCAUUUCACCAUGGCCACCGGAAUGCACCCCGAGACGCACGGCGUGCUCGACAAUUCCAUGUUCGACCGGAACAACGAGACGAUGCACUACACGUACGAGCAGUUCCACUACGACGAUUCGUUGGUGCCUAUCUGGAUGCAAAACGAAUAUAAUGGAGAAGGACGACAUAGUGGUGUAAUGAUGUGGCCCGGAUCCGAAUUUCCAUAUCAAGGAAAACACCCAACUUACACUGAAGUAUACAACAAUUCAAUACAUUGGAAUUCCCGAAUAGACACUAUUAUGACAUGGAUUGAAGAUGAAAACCGACCAGCUAAUCUAGUGUUUGCAUAUUUCGAAGAACCAGAUAAAACUGGUCAUAAAAAAGGAGUCAACUCACAAGAGAUAAAAAAACAAAUCACGAGAGUAGAAGACACAGUCAAAUACAUGCUUGAUGAAAUAAAAUAUAAAAAAUUAGAAAAAAAAAUAAACCUCAUAAUUCUUAGUGACCACGGAAUGGAUACAGUUACAUAUGAUAGAAUUAUAUUUUUAGAUGAUUACGUAUCUAACAUGACCUACAAAUCCGUUAUUACAGGUCCCAAUGCAUUUAUACUACCAAAUAUGGGAAAAUAUGACGAAGUUUAUACAAAUCUUUCAAACGGAGCCAAUACAUCAAAUAAAUUUUAUGUAUUUAAAAAAUAUCAACUACCAGACCGUUGGUAUAUGAAGAAUAAUCCUAGAUUGAAUGGGAUCAUUUAUUUGUUGGCCAAACCCGGUUACGCAUUUUGGUACAGUUUUUUUCAAAAAAUUUUGGAUCAAACAACUAAAGAAAUGUUCAGAGCUGGGACUCACGGGUACGACAACGACGACCCUAUAAUGCACGCCCUUUUCAUAGCUUCGGGGCCGAUGUUUAAGAGCAACUUCACCGCACAGCCAUUCGACAACGUGGACCUGUACCCGCUGAUCAGUCACCUGUUGGCUCUAAAGCAGCCAACCAAUAAACAAGUGAACGGGACGAUAGCCGGCGUCGAACAACUUUUGACGUCGUCCAAGUCUCCAAUUAACGUCACAUCAUCGUCGCCACACAUCCUAGCUGUCAUGACAGCGACCGUAAUUGAAACUAUUAUAGAUAUAGCAGAGCGCCUGUUACCGUAACCGAAUAUCCGGUCAGGUCGCUUGAUGCAUAAUAAUUAUAGGUAAAAUAUAAUUUGUUUUUGUAUCCGACGUAACCACUUACAUUGCAACACGCCACUGACACAUUUUUGUGUACAAGCAAAGAUUUUAACCGUUUAUUUAUAAAAGUAUAUACCCUCUUAUGAUAUUUACAUUGUUAUAAAUUAUUAUUAUUGUUGUUGUUGUUUCUGUGUGUAUCAUACGACGAAAAGUGUAAUGUGAAUGCUCAAUGGAACGAUUGUAGACGGAUUUUUUGAAAAUUCAUUAUUUUAAUAAUUGUUUAUAAAUAUUUCAUUAUAACUAUUCAAUACGAUUAUGCUAAAAAAAAUGAGUGAUUAAUAUUUUAUAUAAUACGUACAUUUUAAUAUUUGUGUUGUUUCUUUACAUAAACGAUCUAUACAAUAUCUGGAUAAA